AUGAUCCAACUGUUGACGCACCUGGGAUGCUUGAUCAUUGGCCUGGUGAGUUUGGGCAGGGUUUCCCUUGCCCGCGCCCAGUUCAUCGAAGAAGAUUUAGAGUCUGAGGGCUCCAGCGAAGAUCUCGAUGAAGCGGUGACCAGUGUGACCAGUGACACGAGUGACACGGCUGCUCAGGAGUCUGGAAGGCGUUUGUCAUCGUUGGCUAAACAGCUGCCGCGGAAGGAAUAUUUAUGGAGGAAGGUCCAGGCUGUUGCCUUUGGUACCAGAAGAGCCAUGCAACAAAGACAUCGUCUUUUGAGCACUUUGAAGAUGUCAAUCCAGGAGUGUGUGGAGCGACAGCGUGUGGCCAAACGCAUCCAGGAAACAAUGAUGCAAGAUGAGUCGGGUAAAGAUUUGUUGGCGGGCUUGAGAACGAGCUUGGAUGGUACCUCUAUCGAGAUGUUGGAGGAGAUUCUCAUGGAAGCCCGGAAAUUUCAGGUUUUGAAGCUUCCCGACUUCGUCCAGAUGGUCCUGGACCAUGCCAUGGGCGAUUCGGAAAAAGCCCAGCAGCUCCUGCAAGACAGUUUGUUGGACGCUGUGCAGGACGCAACGGAGCUUGGAGAAGAUCUCUUCGAGAUGGAUGAGUUGAGAAGCAACAUUAUGGACAAGGUUGAAGCCUUCAAGAUAGCCAUGAGGAAGGCAAGCGAAAGUCGCAUACAGGACAAACUGAAAAGUCUGGAGCCUCCAAAGGAGUUUUUGGAAGCGCCGGAGCAUCGAGAAUCGCAUGAGCGUGAGAUGUUUCCGGACGGAGACCUCGAAGACCUCGAGGACCUCGAAGAGCCAGGUGUCUCGAGCGCCAUGAGUGCCACGAGUGCGGUAUGUGCCGUUCCGAACGUGACGCCAGUGGCACCAGAGGAACCGAGACAGGCCAGUCGCGAAACGUUGCCAGCCAUCGCGAAUUUUGACGCUGCGGUGGCUUCAAGCCAUUCAAGCCGGGACGCUUGUGAUGGAAGGGAAUCCUGUCUGCAGGGAGCAGUUUUGGGAACCAAUAGCAGAAUCAACUCACCAUUAGAACCGUUGGAAAUAACUGGUGAGUGUUUUUUCCUGCUAUGGUUACUGCUAUUGGGGUAG